UCAUUUUCACUUCACCACUGUGAUCGCUGAGCGGCUUCCGGAAGCUUGGUGUUGUGACGUCACAAAAGGUCGUGGUGAGGGGGAAAAAAAAAGCAGCAAACAAAACAACAAUAAAAAUAGAAAGAAACAAACAAAAAGACCUUUUCCUGGAUAAAUACAUGCCCAGCUCAGGCCAUAAAAAAAGAAGGAGAAGGAAAAAAAGAGACCCUCACCGGAAGAGUGGAGAUCACGCACCGGAGUUAGGACGUGGACGUGAAGCACGCGAGGCUGCGUGGUGUUCGGUUCCUCAAUGCAUCCCCUCUGCGCACGCGGCAACAUGAAGCACGAGAUCAGCGCCGCCGUCGGGUUCCUGUCCCGGUUCCUGCGCGUGAAGGGACUGGUGAACGACCGACAACUUCAGACCUUCAGCCAGAUCCUCCAGGACAUGAUGGCAGAGCAAUACAAGCACCACUGGUUUCCUGAUCGGCCGUGUAAGGGCUCGGGAUAUCGCUGCAUCCGCAUUAACCACAAGAUGGACCCCCUGGUGGGUCAGGCAGGCCUGCGCAUCGGCCUCAGCACACAGCAGCUCUACUUGCUGCUGCCGAGCGAGCUCACUCUUUGGGUCGACCCGUUCGAAGUGUCGUACCGCAUCGGCGAGGACGGCUCCAUCUGUGUCCUUUAUGAGUCCCAGCCUGUCCCCAUCGCUAACACUGGCAUCAACUCCUCCUCCACUGGAACCAGCAGCUCCGCCACGUCCGUCUCGUCCAUGCUGGAUAGUCACAUCAGCUGCAAGGAAGAACUGCUGGUGAUGGGCCGAACCAGCCCGGCUAAGCCCUACAUGAUGACCGUAUCCAGUUAAAGGACACGCCAUUAAUCACGGUUUUUUUUUUAAUAAUGCAAAAAAAAGGGAAAAAAAUCAUGAAAGAGGAGGAAAAAAAGCAGAGGAUGUAAAAAAUCAGGUGAUGGAAACUUCGUAGGUUGAAUUGUGCUCGGUUGUGUGUUUGUGUUUUUUGUUGGGUUUUUUUGUUUGUUUUUCUCUCUAAACAACCAGAGGUUCAGACCCUGGGGCAGCUAUGUAGACGUGAAAAUCGCCCCUUUUCCUGGAAUAGACCGGUCCGUGUGGCUGGACUUGGGGCUUUUGUUCACGUCCAACAAUGGUGACUUUGCACUUUUGCGCUCUUUGUUACUUUACGCUCCACCACCACCACCACGAGAUCAUUGUGAACCAAAAAAGGAUUGUUCCGAAGCCCGGGGUCAGUAGCUGUACUGGUGCUGAGGGGCUGCCUCCAAGAGCCCACUUUAUAUCAUUUGUUUAGCGCUCACUGAGGCACAGUUUAAAUUUCAUCUCAGCCCCUGGGUUGCUGCAUUUUGCCAACUUUUGACCUCAACUCCUCCCGGGCUUCUGACCAACCCAAAGUUUUAACCACAAAAAAAAACCCCUUUUUUCUUUCCGUAUAUUUCUGGAUCCGUAUUAACUCUCACUGUGGCCCAAACAUUUCGGUUCCUGUACCGAAUUUGGAGCUACACUUCAUCUAGAGAUCCUGUCGCGCCAACCGAAAGAUGUCGUAGUCUCGUGCGUGCAUUUGAACGAAUGUCCCCCCUUAUUUUUUGAUCCCUCGAAAGAGAGCAUUCGAAAGGGAAGAGGGGGGGGGGGAGUGAUAAACUAAUAUAGCGUUUAUUUUAAAACACGAUUUUUUCCAGAGGUAGUUUUAACUUCCACUUGUUUUAAAACGAGACCAAGUUAGAGAGUAGUGCUCUAUGAGCAGGGAGAGUGAAGACCAUCCCUAACCAUCAUGCACUGUGUGUGUGUGUGUGUGUGUGUGUGUGUGUGUGUGUGAGAGAGAGAGAGAGAGAAUGUGUGUUUUGAGGAUAAGAUCACAUCAUGUGUUUUGGGUUUUAUGCUUGAACUGCUCAGAACAGGCUAAACUAGUCUAUUAAUGAGUCUCUGAGAAGCUGGAGGAGCAGGUGAGGUGUUUCUCCUCCAUUUUCUUCUCUCUUUCUCUGUCUGUGUGUGCCAAAUCCCUGCCCACGACAGACUGGCAGACAAGAGUCCUGGGCCUGCUGGCACACAAAGAGCUGGAGUGUACUCUUACCAUGCAUCAGCCUCCUUCCUUGAGAUUGAGUGUGUGCGUGCUGGGCUGGGAUGGGAUUGGGGGGGUCAGACACCACACCAGGGCAGCUAAAAUCCCUCCCCCAAAAGCCACCCGCCUCAAUCACCACCCACACACACACCAAGUGCACUCCAGACUCACUGAGACGUAGAGUCAGAGAGGGAGAACCGGAUUUCUGGUUCUCCUGAUGAGCAUCAGUGUAAGAAUUGACGGGGGGGGGGGAUUCAGGCACAAAGCAAGGACAUUGAUGCCCCAUUCGAGUUCUCUCUUUCACGUUAGUCCAUCUUUCACGUCCCAAACAGCAGCACACCGGUUUAGGCGCCGAUUCCUUUCCAAACCCGGUUGGCGCAAUUAUAAACCGCAGGUUAAAAGCACGAGCACGCAAUCGGACCACGCAAUCGCACGCCGUUUUCAGGCCUUCAGACGCUUCGUCUCACGUUCCAGACAGCCAGCACUCGCCCCAUUGUUUAUCAUUAACAUCACGAGCAGUUCACCAUUCAUUUGAAAUUUUUUUGUAAGAACCUACGGUUUAUCCCACACCGAGCCUCCGGGUUCCGCAUCGAGGCUUCGGUCCUGUCGUCUGUUUUAGCGGAAAAAGAGCACAUCAAAUGCACUAUGAUCGACGUUGAAGUUACGUGACAGAGGCAUAAAAAAAAAAGUCUCUCCACGGAAUGAAUGUAUCGCCCAAACUCAGGCCUCCGACAUUCAGCAGGACGUACGUGCGCACGCAUGCGCGUGACCAGACGGAAGGGAAUUUUUUAUUUGUGUCAUCUUUUUUUUUUGUGUUUUUUUGGCAAUCAUUUCGACAAGUAGAAUUAUUGUCACUUUCACGCGCGGGCCGUUUCUUUUGGGUUUUCUUUUUGCGGUAACUGUAUCCGUAAGAGCAUAUCGUAGAGGGAAGAAAAAAAACGUGACGUUAGGCAACGAAAAGUGCCAAUAAUUGAUCUGUGCUGUUUUAAUGUGUUCCUUUUGUAUUUCAUAUCCAAAGGCGGAUUGCUCUUUCAUAAAUGAAGCCAUUUGUGUCUGGAGUGUUGGCGAGGACCAAAGUUGUUUUUGGUACAUAAAUGUUUCCAUGCUCUGUGCCAAUAGAUUUUAUCCUUUGUUUUCUUUAGUUUUUUCGCUUUCAUUUUUUUUUUCUCCUUUUUUUUUUUUAUCGAAUAUACCCAGGAAAAAAAAAACCCAAGAUCUGAUAAGUGACCUGUCAUGACCUGCAGCCCAUCUUUUAUUGUGUAUUUCUUAAUUUUUUUCUUUUACUUGUUCUUGGGUAUGUUUUAAUGAACUGCUGUAAAUUUGUACAGUUCAUGUAAAUUGAUUGUGAGGACGUUGUAUAGAUUUCUAUAUUUUGAAAGAAAAGGGUUUUUUCCCCCCCACCUCUCUGUAAUAAAAGAUUUCCUAUCUUGGCA